GGCCGGUCCGACACGCUUUUCCACCCUCGACCACAGUCCUGCCGCACCGCCGCAACGUGCCACACAAUCGACCAUGACAGCGAUCUGCUUCGUGUGCAACCUGCCGAUCCUGAGCCAUCAGGUCGGCUUGGUAUGGCAAGGAGGCAAUGGUUGGGACGAUCUUGUCAGGGAACAGGUGGAGGAGUCAACGCUCAGGCAACGUCUAGGAACAGGAAGACGUGACUCAGCAACACAAAUUACGCCCACUUCGCCGCCUAACGAGCCCCAAGAAUCGUCGCCGACAAAUCAACGUCGUCGACGGUCCAGUCUAGCUCAGCUGACGGAUAUAUUAAGGGAAUGGGGCGGCGGUGGUACUUCGGGAAAGAGCAGCCGUGGGAACAAAUUAUGUCGACGUGAAACGUUAGCGGACAUCGCGAAAUCGUUGCCAUGGUCCAGGCAGACGACGACGGAUGCCAGUCAUUUGGAAAGACUUCGUAAAAGGCGGGAAAGUUCCGUAGACAGCGGGAUCAGAAGUCAGGCGUCCACGAAAUCCAGAAGAGACUCGGCCAUUAGUGAUUUCAAGAAUGACAUCGCUAAAUUGUGGGGCAAGAAAGAUGCCACCCCUCAAACUCAACCACCACCUACCGUCAUUUCACCUACCCCUCGUCGAGAUUCAGGGGAAUCGAGGAAUUCUCGACGAGGUUCCGGAGAGAGUGCCAGAUCCAGAAGAGAUUCCGUGGUUGCUGGACAAACACCCAGCCCCGGUGAACGGAAACAUAAUUGUCGCCAUCAUAGACGCAGACAGUCCCAACAAUCUGUUGACAGUGGUAGCGGUGUGAUGGCAGCAAAGUAUUAUAGGAAUGAUCAAAGACCCAGCGCCUCCAGCAUUGAUAGCACAGCCAGCAAUGCUGUUAGGGAUCAUAUUGAAUCUCGUAAUUCGAUGGAUAAAAGUGAUCGAUCGAGCAGUAUUGAAGCUAAAAUGCAACCAACGGUGGAGACGAAAACUGUUACACCGACCACGACAACCACCACGUCACCAACACCUCAGAUCGAUGGAAAGAUACUCAUUACAACCACCACUGAUUCCAAAACAGCGACAACCACAACUACCACCACCGUGUCAACGUCUACCACAUUGACUGUGGACAUGAAAACCACUUUUGAGAAUAAGAACCUAAUUUUAGAAACAUCUAUCACUCCCCCUACCAUUGUGAUGUCCUCGGUGACACCGCCGUCUGUCUCACCAACAACUAGUACCACUCUUCCACUUCCUGGAACCUCCACCUCCGGUAGUUCGAGUCCUGUCGGCUCGCCAAACGUGAGCACACCGACUCAUCCUCUACUUACAACUAGGAGAGACUCCACUACUCAGUGUUAUUACAAGGUAAAGGAGGUAUCCCCUAACAAAUUAUCAAGAUUAACACGACAAGCAGCUGCCAUAGACGAAUCGAUGCCACCAGCAGGACGACGAGGAAGUCAGCCGACAUUAUCACCAGAUCCUGAUGAAGGAGGACGCAAAGCUCGCAGAGACUCAUUGAGUCCUGAUUCUGCCUCCUACCCGAAACGUCGCGAUUCCAGGAGCCAUCUGAGUCCUGACAGGACAGUCGAUAAAAGGGAUAUCAGUCCUAUCAGGCAAAGGAAAUCCCAGCUGAGAAGGCAGUCAACGUCAAUGGCUGGUCGGUCGCCACCUAGAUCACCAGAUAGUUCUCCCUGUUCAUCGAGAGACCCAAGUCCCUCUCCUUGUACACAUGCUCCUGCGAUAAGAAGACAGUCAACUACAGAUGAGAUUUUCAUAGCUCGUGGUUUUCGACGACAAAGUACCGCUGAAGAAAUGAUAAGAUGUCGAAAUUUUCGAAGACAAAGCUCUCAAAGCGAUGAGACGGUUCAAAGAUACCGAGGACGAAGAGACAGUUCUGCACAAAUCACUGAUGGAACAUUUGCCACGAUGACUGUUGAGACAUCAAGCACUUUUUUCGAUAGCAGUACUCAAACUGAACCAUCACCGUUGUACGACAACAAUCACUACCAUGAGGAAUGCCUAAAAUGUAACAGCUGCGGCCUGAAUCUCACGGGACCCAAUCAAAAACGGGCUAGACGAUUCAAAAACCAAAUACUUUGCGAUCUUCACUUCGCUGACGUGGCGCUGAUGGAGUGCUCGGACUUCAUGCAGCAGUUGCGCAGCUUCAAACCACAAAGUUUAGGCUGCGCAGUUGCCCGAAGAAAGUCAUCGACCACCUUGAUCUUCCCAUUGCCACCGCAAGCAUGUUCAGACGAAUUUUGUAACGAGUUCCCGCACAACCUGGUGCCCACACCUGGAUACUGGAUCGAGUGUUCCAGACAACAGAUCACCACAGAUACGAUUUGGGACGAGAGCGAGAGCGGAGAUGCGACAGACACAGAAUUGGCCGAAGAUCAACACGAAUCGGACACCGACGAGUUGCCUAGAAAGAAAACUACCAUCGAAGAACAAUGGGAAAAGAACCAAGGAUUCGAGCUCACCUCUGUCGAACAGGAAACCUACGAGAAAUACUUCUACGGAACUGAACACUGGAAUUACUUCACCAAGGACGAGGAUCUGGGCCCGGUGAUACUCAGCAUCAAACAGGAAACGCUGAAUGGACGAGAUCAAUUCAGGAUCCUCGUCAGGGCAAUCAGUUAUACUGUUCAUGGAUUGAUUCCUGCCAGCUGCGUUUUUGCUGACAGGUACAAUCGCGAAGAGGUAGUUCGUAGCCUCGGGAAAGAAGUAAAUGUAAACCCACCCUUAACACUGGGCCAACUACCAGAUACCCAAGACGAGUUGCUCAAAUUGGAUCAGGUCUUCAUAAAAUCGGAACUGAAAGUUGGUGUGAUUUACGUAAAAGAGGGCCAACGAACAGAGGAGGAGAUAUUAGAUAACAACGAAAAUUCGACGUUGUUCGAAGAAUUCUUGCAAAUCCUUGGUGAUAAAGUUCGAUUAAAGGGUUUUGAUAAGUACAAGGGUGGUUUGGACACCAUUCACGAUUUAACUGGUUUAUACUCGGUUUACACCAAUUGGAGAGGCAUUGAAAUUAUGUUUCACGUGUCCACGUUGCUUCCUUACGAGAAACAUGACGCACAAAAGUUACAAAGGAAAAGACACAUUGGCAACGACAUAGUGUGUGUAGUAUUUCUGGAGGCAGACAACACUGCUUUCAAUCCAGCCUGCAUAAAAUCACAUUUUUUGCACACGUUCAUCUUAGUUCGAGUCAGUCCGCGAAUAAAAAGGAAAGUGACCAGGUACGAAGUGUCUGUGGUAACGAGGGACGAAGUUGGAGCCUACAAACCCUAUCUUUGGGAACAGAAUGUCUUCAAAAAAGGUCCUAUGUUUCGUGAAUGGAUUCUAACAAAAAUUGUCAACGGUGAGAGGGCAAGUUAUUCUGCGCCAAAAUUCGCGAAAAUGCAAGAGAGAACGAGAACUCAAAUGUUGGAAGACAUUGUGGCUAAUUUGGCUAAUCAUGCUGAGACCGGACAGAUUCCAAAACCGUAUAGACGCGGUUCUUGGAGACCAAUAGGUCACAUGAGACCAUCCUCGCCGCUUUUGGAUUCUGUUAGAGACCAGUUUGAGGAUUACGAUCAACUAGCUAAAGACUUCACUAAAGUAUUCUUGAAUAAUCAAGAGAAUACCGCUUUGAACGCGAAUCUGUUCGAUGUUUCUUUCUUAGUACCUGGCCAAAAGAAGCAAAAAGUUAGAUUCACCGGUGUUAGAGCGAUUCUAGCAGUCAGAAGCAGAGUGUUCCAAGAAAUGUUGUAUGGAAUCCAAACAGGUUUUGGAAGUCCACAAGUGCCAGUUGCAGAAUUACUUGCCAGACCAGCACCAACUUUGUUGAGUCCUAAAAAGCCAAGAAGUUCCAAUUUCCUCCAAGUUCCUGAUAUGGAAAGUCCAAGACCCAAAAGUGUGCCCUCAUCGCCAAUGGUGAAACGAGCAUUUUCGAGGCUGGGUACGAUCACGGCUGGAUGGGGAAGAAGUAUCCGGAAACACGGAAACACGUUACAGAGUGAGGAUCGGAAACGUUGGGCUAGCUCACAGGAUUGCAGCAAUAAAGAAGCAAAGGAGAAGGAAAAGGCAGCUCAACAAUUGGCGGUACCAAGACUCAGCGUUUGCGCGGAUGCACAAAAGGUUGACAGAGCGAAACUGGCACAAACCGAGUUCGAUAUCAUCGAGUUCGAUCCAGAAACUUUCAGAAUCCUCCUCGACUACCUGCACACUGGUUCCUGUCCACUAACCUGCAGCAACAUACCAGGACUGAUUUGUGCAGCAGAACAUUACGACCUACCUGAGCUUCUUCAAGCGUGUUUCCAUCACGCAAAACAGUUCCUGCGAAUCGAGAUCGUCUGCGUGAUGCUUUGUGCACUAGAGAAUUAUUGCUGGCGUUAUACGUCCGCUUCGGAGUUGGUCAACAUGAUCCUUGCAUUCAUCGAGACGAGAGCGUAUCAGCUCUUUCAGAAUCCUGGUUUUCUUACAUUAAGCGAAUCAAUGGUACAGAUGAUCAUGUGCAGAGGUUUGGAAGUUGGUGAAAUUAAAAAAUUCGAGGCUAUGUUGAACUGGGCGAAUCAUAGGAUAAAGACGAAGACUUCGAAGGAAAAUGCGAAGUCAGAAUUCACGUGCAUCAUGGAGAGGCUGUGCAGAGAUCUUAAAUUACAUAGGAUAACCCCUCACGAGCUCAUUAGGAUCGUUUUGCCAUCAAAAGCGAUCAAAAACGAAAGGAUCCUUGAAACCCUAAUGCAACAAGCAAACUCUGGCAUGUAUAGAAACGUUGACAGCUAUUUGGAAGCUUACCAAAACAAUGUAAAAAAUCAAGAAAGUUUCGAUCGAGGAAUGUAGAUCAUAUGUAUAAGACGAUGAAUCAAUUUCUAACAAAGCAUUCUUCAGAAAUCAUAUCUGAGACACGAAUUCCAACCACAACUUCACAAAAAUCAGAGUAAUAAUGGUGAUGUUGAUCUCAGAGAGCAGAAUAUUUCAACCAAGAAGGACUGUUCGACAAGUCUGGGGUUAAAUAAUUAUUCCAGAAAUGUUCUCACUGUUUAUCGAGUGAAAGUUCGUUUCGAAGACGAACUCGCGGCGACUGAUGAAUGUAAUUAAAUCUGUAGACACGAUCGUAGAAAAGGUGAAAAAUCGGGGAGACUCGAGUCGGAUUCUUCCAAUCAUGUGAUUCACAGAUACGACUUACGUUGAAAAGAGACUGGAUCUAGGAUAGAAUAGUCCAAUAAAAAAAGUAUUGAUCGAAAGAAAUUAACUUUCUUUCUACAAAGUUUGAAAUCCUGGAAAUUCUUGAAUGAAGAAUAGUUUAAACUAGCUAAAUUCUUCAGGACAGGGAAAGUAAUAAAAAAAAAGAAAAAAAAAUACGAUUUCCAUCAAUUAGAAAAUUGAGAGAGAAGUAAAGCUUCGCCGAAAGCGCGAAGCAGAAUAGAAAAAAAGAGCACAAAUUUCAUAUCUAUUUAAAGAAUAAGGUAAGUUCGACGAGCUGAGAGUCCUUAGUCGAAGCAGAUAAUUACUAUAAUUGUGCUUCGUUUGUGGCGAACGAUGUUAAAAGUACUCUAGCCACUGGUACCUGUCACUGCGAAUAACACGAAAAGAAAAGUUUUUCGCAAGCAGCGAUCGUUUUCGUCUGAGAAGAUGAGAAAAUAAGGUUGUAUUCGAGGCUGAAACGAUUUCACGGCACUCUGAUGCCGAACAUGACAAUCUGUAUCAUAAAGAACAUAUAAAGAAAGAAGAAGAGGAGAAAUUUGAAAGAAGAGAAAGGUUAAUUGAUAAUACGAUAAACCUAACGAUUAACUACUUGGUAAGCUUGAAUGAAUUUAACUAUAUAAAUACAAUAUAAUAUACAUAAGGGCGAGGUUAAGAUAACAAUAAUACUGAUAGAUAAGAUGAAUAAUAAAUAGUAAUAAUAAUUUAACGAAAAAGAGAAAAAUUGAAAAAAAAACAACAAGAUGUGUCGAUGUGUUAAUGUGAAAUUCAAAAAGGUGAAGAAACAAAAGUUGAAGAAAAACAAAAUAUAAGUAUUCGAAGUCUGUUCUGUUUUCUAUCGUAGUUUUUGUAUCUUCAAUACUCUAAGGCAGAUAUUCUAAAAUUCGCGGGAACAGGCUGGAGAAAUAUAAGAAAAAGAUUUUUCUAAAAAAAUAAAACGAAAGUUAAAAAUAAAAAAUAUACACAAAGAAGACGAUUAGAAAGAAGAAACUAAAGAAUGGUGAUUGAAGUUUUCAUUUCGAAUUUAUUGCACUUUGAUCGCUUUCAAAGACUCGCAUUUCUAAAAGAACUGAUUAUAAAAAAAAAAAAUCUCCCUUUUUUUAAAUAAAUUAAUUUGAGAAUAUUAGUCUGGCCUGGUUCCCGAGUUUCAUCGACUGCAUUUUCACGAGCAAAAGAGGAACACACACAUAUGAUGAAAAACAAAACGCGUGAUUUCGUCGGUACACGCUUUAAAGAGGCUGAUUUUCGUCCCCUGUCUUUCCACUUUCGCUCACACCUCUCUAUUUCUUCCGAAGACAAACAAGAGCUCCUCUCGAAAGCUCCAAAAAAAAAAGAGAAGAAUAUUUUUUACACGAGAUCACGAUCAUUUCUGAUCCACCCAACCCUCUGUCAUUCGGUUCGUCACGCACACACGUAACGUUCGACGGUAAGAAACGAACAAACGCAAUGGAAAAAUUAUUUAAAAAAAAAAGAGAGAAAUUCAAAAAGAGAAAAAAAAUACACUGAUCGAUUCCCGAAUUAGGGAAUCGUCCAACUGUUAAGUGUCUUAUUGUUCAGGCAAACGGCUGGACGAAAGUAGAUCCUUUUUCGCGCUGUCUUGCGAGUGUAAAACAAAUUAUAAAUAAUUAUAAAUAAAUAGAAGAGAGAAUUACUUAAUUAGGAAAAAUGAAUGUAACACAAAGAAAUUUAGUGAUUUUAUGUUUUAAAGCAUUUAAAAAAAUAAUUCACUUUACUUAUUAUAAUGUGUUUGAUAAUUUAACUUUGAUUAGUUUCUUUAAAGAGAAACAUGCGAAGGACACGAUACUUGCGAGUAUUUUUUAACAACGUAAAGCUUUAAUUACACAAAGGACUAUUGAUUGACGAUUUAAGUCUUCUUAUAGAAUUACCAAAAAAAGUUUGGAAUUACAAAAUUAGCAAAAUUAUGCAAAAUUUUACCUAAUUAAUAUAAAAGAUUCAUAUAAAAAACUUGAAAGGGCAUUUUUUCCUAAUCAGGCCAUUCUUUCUUAUAUUUAUUAAUAAUUUAAUUUGAGCAAGACGACGUAGAUAGUUUUUUAUUUACCGAAGAUGUAAUUGAAUGGCAAAAUGAAUAACGAUGGCAAUCUCGACGGCAAAAUGAAUAAUUUGAAUCAUUUAUGCCUCGAUCCGCAGCCAACCUAAGAUCCAGGUAUCUCGAUUUUGAAAAGUUGCUAGUUCAAAGAAGAGAGGGCUCUUUGUAAUAUUUUUACAGAAUCGUAGAAUCAAGAGGUACAAAUGUGACACGCGAGCCGAGGGAAUACUGAUUAUCUAAUAAAGUAAGUUAAGUAGAUAUGCAAAACUAACGUAUGUGUAGCUGUAACAGAAGAGCAAAGAGAAAAAUUAAUAAAACGUGUCGUUGUAAACGUGAACGUUUUUGUAACAAUGAGAACUCGACUGGACGAUGAUCGAUCACCGUUUUUAUGUGUUUGAUCAAGAAUUGUGUACAUACAUAUAUAUUAUAUAAAUGACCGCCUGAUGAGAAGUCGAUCUACAGUUUAGUAUGUAUCGAUGUGUAUAUGUGAGAUAGAUCGAUUUUUUUAUAAACUGUCUGUUGAACGUUAUUGCUUUUCGGUAAAGAAAUUUAGAUAGCGAAAGUUCUAAUUUUGUUCUUUCAUAUAAUACUUUUUACCUUAAAUUUACUUCAAUUAUAAAAUUUGGUAUAUUAGUUAUUAAAAAAUUAAU